AUGAGCUACAACGCCGACAACGCAAGUUAUUGGGGCCCCCACUGGGUCAACUACGAGUGGACUGGCCGCACGCCGGGCACCCACGACUCCCACGAUUCCGACAGCGACGUAACCAACACCGGGGAGGAGAACUACGACGAGCACGUGAACGAGCUCUCAGCCGCCUCGGGAACCGACGACGACGCGCUCGCGACCCCCCGUGGCUCGUGGCUCAUGCUUCGCGGCGCGUACACGCUGGUUGCGGAGCCCCUUGCCGCGGUCGACGAGGAGAGCGACACGGACACGACGCACGGUCCCGUGCCCUCGCCUCCCACAUCGACCUACGACGCCGAUUUCGACAGCGCCAGUGACUCUGAGAACGACGCGCUCUCGCCCCCUCCUGCCGCCGACUGGGCCAACGAGGAGUACGGGUACGGAUACCACACCGACCGCAACCCAUACGACUACACCGACGACGGCAGCAGUGACUACUCGCCCACGGACGACUCGUCGUCUGACUCGGGCAUCAGCAACCUGCGCUACGGGGGCGACUACUCGAGCUCGGGUGAGACCGACGGCACCGGCGGCAGCCGCUGCUAG